CCUUUCUCCUUUUAUUAUGCCUAUAUAUACCAUUUGCCUUCAAACCCAAUUCUCCUCACUGACAAUAUUACACAUAAUUAGUAACAUUACAUUCGAAAAAUUUCAAGAAAUGGAUUCCUCUUUCUUCUCAUACCAAACCUACUCUCAAUUUUCCCCUGAAUCAUCUUCUUCUUUUAGUUCUCUCGAAUCUUUCUGCAGCCAACCUCUUCCGUACAAUGAAAAUGACUCCGAAGAAAUGUUUCUGUUCGGCGUCCUUAAUGAGGCACCCACCUUCUCUGCUAAUAUGAACUACAGCGAGGUUAACUCAGCAGACUCUAAUAAUUAUCAAGACGAACCUAUUCAAGAAAUUGCUUAUCGAGGAGUAAGAAAGCGGCCUUGGGGGAAAUAUGCGGCGGAAAUCAGAGAUUCGACGAGAAAUGGAGUUAGAGUUUGGUUAGGAACAUUUGAUAAAGCUGAGGAUGCAGCCUUAGCUUAUGAUCAAGCUGCAUUAGCAAUGAGAGGUUCAACGGCUAUAUUGAAUUUUCCCAUUGAGAAAGUUUAUGAAUCACUUCAAGAAAUGAAGUAUGAAUUCCAGGAAGGAUAUUCUCCGGUUCUUGAAUUGAAAAAAAGACAUUCGAUGAAAAGAAAAGCAGAAAGCAAGAAAAAGAAAGGUAAAGAAGAUAUGAGAAUGGAAAAUGUAGUGGUGUUGGAAGAUUUAGGUGCUGAGUACUUGGAAGAGCUUCUAACCAUCUCUGAGAAUGCUACUUCUUGGUGACUUUCACAUUUUUUUUUUUUUUUCCUUUUCCAUUUUUAUUUUCAAAAUAGAAAAGGUAAAUCAAAUUAAAAAAUUUACCCAUUUAUCCACUAAUACUCAGACUUCUGAAUCUGAACUAUUAGCUUAUUCGAUUCGUUGACUGCUUCAGAUGCAAAAGCAUUGUUUAAAACCAGUCCAAAGAUUUUUUUUUCUUUUUUUUUUU